GUUAGGUGCUUCUAGAAGAUUCAACUUCUGUAUCCGAUUUUACACUAUUCAUCCAAAAUUAAAAAACCCUAAAAAUGAAAAUUUCCCAAAUCUGAAUGGAAUUCUGUGCCCUAAUCUAUAUCUCAUCGAUCAUCCGCUAUCAACAGGAUCUCCUUUCUUCGCCGGAGGCGGCUGAGCCACCGUAUCGUUUCAUCUUCUUAGGUUAAAAAAAGCGAAAAUCUGGGGAAGCCAAAGAAAGUGAAGAGGCGAGGGGAAGAGAUGGAGGGUUUAGCUCCUGAGGAUUGCGUCGUUGGAUCCAUUGUAUGGGUCCGAAGAAGGAAUGGUUCUUGGUGGCCGGGGCAAAUACUUUGCUCCGAGGACCUCUCCGCCUCUCAUCUGACCUCACCUCGUUCUGGAACUCCGGUUAAGCUCCUCGGAAGAGAAGAUGCCAGCGUAGAUUGGUAUAAUUUGGAGAAAUCCAAGCGUGUGAAGCCGUUCCGAUGCGGUGAAUUUGAUGCAUGCAUUGAAAGGGCGGAGUCUGCCCAGGGUAUGCCGUUGAAGAAAAGAGAGAAAUACGCACGCAGAGAAGAUGCUAUUCUCCAUGCUCUUGAACUCGAGAAGCAAAUAAUGAAGAAACAAGAUAAGUUAGGUACUGGGCAAACAGGCGCAGCAUUCCGAGCAAAGAGGAGCAGAUGUGUGUACUUGCCAGCCGAGUCCAGUGAUUCUCUGGAUUACAAUGAAACUCUAACACAUGUUCCUGUAUCAUCUUCCCAACUUGGAGGGGACUAUCUGUAUGGAAGUCCAUUUGCUGAGGAGAGUGAAUCUGCUUUUCUGAAUGAUGUUGAAUCAGAUUCUUCUGAAACUGCUUCUAUUGAUUCUGAAUCAGAUUCUUCUGAAACAGAACUAGACAAUGACGAAGAAAUGAUUAUAUAUUCAGAAACUGGGCCCGAGGAGCUAGAAAGCACUAGCAGCGAGGAGGCUGAUGAGUUAGCGUUUUCCAGUGAUAUGCCUCACCUCUAUCCGCGGGAACCUAGAACAUGUAAUGAAGCUGUAUCCAAAUGGCAAUUGAAAGGAAAGAGGAAUAACCGGAACCUUGUAAAUAGGUCUGCUGUUGCUUCUGAUAGGAGAGGGGCUGUUUUAUAUGGAGCAGAUGUUGAAGGACAGAGACGCCAUUUAAAUCACCAGAGGUUGGGGGUUAAUUAUCCUUACUAUAGAAAUGAUUACAGUGAUGCUCCCGAUGAUACUGAUCAAAUGUUUGGAUCGGAAGAUGAAUACUCUCCAACUCCUAGAGCAGUUGCAAAAGGUCAAAAUAAAAAUUUGCAUGGUGUUGAUUGGGAUGAAUGGCCUUGGGAGGAUCAGCCUACUUUGAAAGGAUAUUCGGGUUUUAAAGAAUAUGCUCCAUUAUAUCGCGAUCACUAUCAGUAUGAUGGGAUGAAGAGGUCAGUGCUGGUUGACGUAGACUUAAAGGUUCAAACAAGUUACAAGAAAGAGCCUGUCCCUAUUGUUUCUAUUACAAGUAAGUUAAAUGGGAGGUCUAUACUUGGACGCCCAAUCCAGAUUGAAUCCCUUAAGGAUGGCUCAACUGAUAAUCUAUUUUCUACAAUUGACGAUUACAGUAAUGACGGGAUUGGCUAUGAGGGUAGUAGUGUACUUCCACCAGCUUGGAGGACUGCGAGGAGAACAGCUAACUUUCGUGUCCCUCGUCCUCAUAUACAGUCAUCAAAUGUCGAUGAAGACUUCUCCAUUGAACAAGAAAGAAAUAUUGAAUAUAAGAGAUUAAAUGGCAGUCAUAAUGCAAGCCAUUGGAAGAAGAAUAACCUUAACGGUGCCGGGCCGUCAAUUGACAAGAAGUCCUUCAAAAAGAGUGCGAAAAAAACGAGCCUGUCAUCUAGUCAGAAAACCAGAACCCUUUCCUCUUUAUCUAUUGAAGAUAAUCUUAGUAGAAAACAAUCACUUACCAGAAGCUUUUAUCCAAUAGAUAAGUUGAGUAAACCAGAAGUCUCCGGGCUCACUACUGUAGCUUGCAUACCAGUUAAAUUAGUAUUUAGUAGAUUACUUGAGAAAAUUAAUAGGCCACCUUUAAAGGUGUCGACACAUGUGGAUGUGUUGAAUACCGGUGUGGAGAGAAAAUCGUAGGUUACAUGUACAUUGUUAUAUAUUAGAAUAAUAAUCUUGCAAUGGUGACACAACAAGUUGGUUUUCUUAGUUCCAACUGAAUAUAAAUUUUAUUUAAUUUUUUCUUGGUA